GCGCCGUAUCGUGGAAACGUGGGACGAAGAGGGCGCGAGUGAAGAGUCCCCACGUGAAUCGGUGUGAACAUGGCGUCGAUUCAAGAGCCAGAGGUCCAGCUCGCUCAGAGACUAGCUUCCAACGAGAAGCCCAUCCGGACCAAGGCUGUGAAGAAGCUGAGGAAAUACAUUAAUGUCAGGUCCCACAUCGCGACAGGUGGAUUCACAGGUGAUGAGCUGCUCAAGCUGUGGAAGGGUCUGUUCUACUGUCUGUGGAUGCAGGACAAACCACUGCUCCAGGAGGAGCUGUCCAACCAGAUCUCUACCCUCAUCCACAGCUUCCAUGAUAUUGACGGACAGCUGUUGUACCUGGAGAGCUUCCUGCAGACCUUCAGGAGAGAGUGGACUGGUAUCGACAGGCUGCGCAUGGAUAAGUUCUUCCAGCUGGUUCGCUUCAUGUUCAGACAAACCUUUGAGAUGCUGAAGAGGACAAACUGGGAGAGCAGUGCGAUUACCAGGUUUCUGGAGCUGCUGACGGCACACGUCCUGCAGAGCGGCAGCGGGGCGCCCAGCGGGUUGCAGUUCCACAUCCUGGACCUUUACAUGACCGAGCUGGCAGCUGUGGGUUCAGCAGAGCUCACUGCUGAUCAGAACUUGAUAUUCAUCGAGCCAUUCUGCAAAACGGCAGCCAAAACCAAGGAUCGGUCUCUUUUCAGUGCCAUCUGCAACAGCAUCCUCAGCACCAUCAUUGACCAGGCCCCUUUCGCUAUCGAAGAUUUGAUGAAGGAGCUGAAAGCAGCUGAGCACUCAGACUCCGACUCGGGACAAGCUUCUGAGGAGAACGACGACAACGAGGAACUAAAUGAGAAGAUCAGCAAACCGGUCGCCAAGAAGCGGACAUGGAAGCAGAUCAACGGCAAUAUACCAAAUGAAGAUGAUAGUGAUGAUAGUGAUGAUGCUGAGCUUCUUCACGGGGUAGACUCGGACACAGAGGGGUCAUGUGAUGAAGACGUUGGACAAGUCCUACAGUUCAACUAUGCCGCCCUGGCAGACAAGCUGUUUGAGUUAGCCAGUCGGAGCAGCACACCCAGCAGGAACAGACAGAGACUCUACAAGAUCACCAGAGUACUGCGUGAUCUGAAUGAAGGCAUCUUCCCUCAGGAUGAGUAUCCAGAGGAGGUCUCCACAGAUGAGGAUGACGACAUGUUUGGCAGCAGGAAGAGGAUCAAGAGAGGUCGCAUGGAGAACGAUGAGAGGGUGCCAGGAGCCAAGAAAAUGAAAGGGGGAAAGAAGGAGGCUUCCACACCCGACAAGCAAAGCAAGGACUCGGUGAAAGAUGACGGUGAACCAGCUGAUCUAACUGCAAAUGAAAAGAAAAAGAAAAAGAGGAAGAACAAGAAGAAGAAGAAGAAAGCCCUGCAGGAUGGAGGUGUAGACGGAUCUGGACAGGAACAGACUGUGGCUCAAAGUACGACUAGAGAGACUGGAGGAGGUCUGGAGUGUUCACAGAAAGGAGAUUUGGAAAAGGAAGCACAGACGCACAGCUCCCUCACAUCUGUAAAAGUGACGGAGGCAAAGACUCCAGAGAGCCAGUCAGAAGCUCUGCUCCUCUCUGAAGUAAAGGAACAGCCUCCAGUUCCUGUCACUGAAGAAAGCAGCCAAGCCACUGACUGCACCAGUGACAACAUGCACCAAUCUGUAGAGACCAGAACGAGGCAGACUUCUGAGGUGACGGAGGCAGCAGAGGAGCAGCAGGCUCCUGUUGGAACAGAGCCAAAUGAAGCAGUCUCAGGGAAGAAGAAGAAGAAGGGCCUGAAGGUGAAGGUACAGACGGAGGAGAUUGUGACCAAACUGCAGGUCAAUGCAGAAGCAGAGAUCAUUCCAGUAAUUUUUGAGGAGUCGGCAGAAAAAAACACUGCAACCACAUCUGAAAGUGAUUGUCCAACACCUGCCAAGCAGCAGCAGAAGAAGAAGGGCCCAACAGCUCAGAAGAACCUCAAGGAGGUGCAGGUGAGUGGUGUGAGCACACCUUAUGAGGAGUCAGAGGGAGGUGACCCAACCGCUGGACUUGAGAAGCCAACUGAUUCCAUCACCCCAUGUGAUAAGAAGAGGAAGAAAAAGAAGCUCAAGGCUGAUAAAGGACCAAAGGUUGAGGAAGAGGGAAAACACACAAACGCUGAAGUCAGAUCAGUUGUCGAGGAAGCGUCACAAGAUGCCACCACAGCGCCACUUACAAAGAAGAAGAAGAAAGGCAAGCAAGAGGCUGCAUCACUUGAUGGAAACACUGAAAUCCAACUGAAGAAGAAGAACCUGAAAGAGUGUCAGACUUCAGAGGAAGAGGAAGCAGCGGCUGUGGAUGCUGAGAAGCUGCCGUUUAAGAUCACCAAGACAGCACCAGCUAAGAGAAAGAAGCUGGCAGCAGCCCAAGUGGACGUAACGGAUAAAAGCCAGCUGCAGGUGGUUUGCAUCGUUGACGCAGAGCUCACAUCGGGUGAAACUGAAGUGGUCUCUUCCGCCGGGAAACCGAGGAAGAAGAAGAGGAAGAUCCCCGUGGUCUUUGAGUACGAGGCCGAUGAGCUGGAGGCUGCAGAGAUCAACGGGGCUCCAGAAGAAGAUACCGUGACCCAGAAGUCCAAACCAGACAGUGACGUUGGAGAGUCCUCCACUCCUCUUCGCACUAAAAAGUCCCAAAAGAAGGCAAAGACUUCCUCCGGCUCGGCGUCUGACUUCGUCACCUUUCAGAGCAACGCCACAGUCCCAACACCGCUCUUCUGCAGAACCAAGAGGAGCCCCAGCACCCCGCUGUCCAGCAAGAAGAAGAGUCAAAGUCCCAAAUCACUGUCCAAGAAGGUGACCUUCGGCCUCAAGAACAACAAGACGGCUGAGUUUCGGAAGACUGAUCGCAGCCUGCUUGUGAAUCCAGACAGCGCGUUGCGAGUGCCCUUUGACCCCAAACAGAAACCCAAGUUUGGGGUCUUGAAGUCUCCGCCCACACCGCUCAUCGCCAGAAAGACCCUCAAGGCCAACAGGACCAGCACCACUACUCCAAAGAGUACGCCUAAACGCAGACCGUCAGCAGCAGACUUCUUCUAGCGCUGACGGGCUGCAGAGAGAGAUGCUGUGUGUUUGUACUUGCAUCUGAUAUCAGUGUUACUUUCUGCCUCAUUGAGCGGUUCAAUGUUUUAAUAGUUACUAUUGCUGUUUGUCCAAUGUAAUCAACUUUUCAGUUAGUGUGUGAUUGAGUUUGAUACCGAACAAAAUAAAUUAUAUUUUAGGGGGAAAAAAUAAACAAAAUGGUGAAACAUCAACAGCUGUACUACAUUGUCUCAUUACUUCAGUCAAACUCAAGACCUUCUGAUGCAAACAGGACGAAUGUCAGAGUCAAAGUAAAGAGUGGUAAAGUGUACCUCUGUUUAGCAUGGAUCAUGUUCUCAUUAAAGAAGUGUGGUCCAACACGACCAACGCAUUUCAGACCUUCAGCCUUUCAUGUGAAUGAGGUCAGUCCGUCAACGCAGCGGGGUCCAACACAUCCCUGUAGCCCUGUUUCUGCCACGGCUACACGCUGCUGCAGAGGCAUCUCAAGCAACGCAUGCAAGACUCCAAUCAACAUGUGGUGAACAUAUCGUCGUGUGUGUGUGUGUGUGUGUGUGCGCGCGCGCGCUUGUGUUCACGUCAGUCUCAAGACAUUCUUGCAUUUCAUGAACCUGUGACAGCCUGCUGUCCUGCCUGUAGGAUGCUGCUGAAGUCAUCUUGUGGUAGAAAUAUUGCAGGUACAAUGCAUGUCAGCUAAACAAUGUGUGAUUAAGUUAACGGUAUAGUUCUGGUCUUUGAAGUGGGGUAGUCACUGAUCUAUAGUCGGUGUAUUACCAAGAAUAGACAGCCCCAGAGUCCCAGCACCCUAAACAAAGGUCCACAUAACGCAUCAAUACCAGUUCAAGUAUAUUGUGGAUAUAUCAAUUUGUACCUUGCAGUGAGACCGCUGUUCACUCUGUUUACGAUGGCGAACUGAAGCAGUUAUCUCUGCUCUCGCCAAAGCUAUAGAUACCAUUGAAGAGUAACAUCUGACCUCUCAGAACAUCGCUUUGUCUGUUUGUGUGUGACUUUGGUGAAUCUGAACCAACAAAAUGUAGUAAAAGCAUAACAAAAUGAUUCAUAAUUUAGUGAUCCAAUAUUAAAUACACCAAGUUUUACAGGAAUAUGGUA